AUGGCUUCAGCAAAACAUCCUGAUGAUAUUGUCACCAACGAAGCGGCGUUGCACUUUCCGGCCGAGGAUCAACUCGAUCACUCCAAGUCCCUGAACGAGAUCAUCCGCAACGCCAAAAAUGCGUCCGAGGUUGAGCAUCAGAUGUCGCUUUGGCAGGGUAUCAAACUGUAUCCUAAAGCGGUGGGUUGGAGUAUACUCAUCUCGACGUGCAUCGCCAUGGAAGGGUAUGAUAUUUCGCUGCUCAGCAAUUUUUACGCCUUUCCGCAAUUCAAUCGAAAAUACGGAGAAUUAACCUCGAAAGGCACUUAUGAGGUUCCUGCUCCAUGGCAAGCUGGUCUCAGUAAUGGUAUGAAUUGUGGAGAGAUUAUCGGUCUUUUUAUCAAUGGUUUCGUUUCUGAGCGCUUCGGAUAUCGAUAUACGGUCAUGACUUGUUUGACUUUGAUUAUCGCAUUUACGGCCAUUUUCUUCACGGCGCAGAAUGUGGAAACGCUUCUGGUUGCUGAGAUUCUUUGCGGUAUUCCAUGGGGGAUCUUCCAGACUUUGACUAUCACUUAUGCCUCGGAAGUCUGUCCUGUUGCUCUUCGUGGGUAUCUCACGACAUACGUUAAUUUUUGUUGGGGUCUUGGUCAGAUCAUUGGUGUUGGAGUGAUCAAGAGUAUGUUGGGCAGGACGGACGAGUGGGCGUAUCGCAUCCCCUACGCCCUUCAAUGGAUGUGGCCAGUCCCUCUUCUAAUUGGAGUAGCUCUUGCACCAGAGUCACCCUGGUGGCUGGUUCGGAAAGGUAGAAUUGAAGAAGCCAAGAAAUCACUCCUUCGCUUGACCAGUCUGGACAGGGAAACCAACUUUAACGCUGACGAUACCAUCUCAAUGAUGGUCCAUACGACGAAGCUGGAAGAGAAAAUCACAGCUGGAGCAAGUUACCUCGAUUGUUUCAAGGGUACCGAUUUACGCCGAACCGAGAUCGUUUGCAUGGUAUGGGCGAUGCAGAAUCUCUCCGGAAACUCAUUCUCGGGAUAUUCAACUUACUUUCUGAAGCAAGCCGGUCUUUCCAGCUCUCGUGCCUACGAUUUUGCUUUAGGUCAAUAUGGAAUUAACAUGGGUGGUGUUUUCGGAGCUUGGUUUUUAAUGACGCUUGGGAUCGGGCGUCGCUCUCUCUACCUCUAUGGGCUCAUGGGUCUCUGCAUCAUGCUCUUUAUCCUAGGCUUCCUUGGCCUGGUUCCAGAAUCUCAUCGCGAUGCAGGAUCUCUAGCUACUGGCGCCAUCAUGUUGGUGUGGGCCUGCUGCUAUCAACUCUCCGUCGGAACAGUCUGCUACUCCCUGGUCUCCGAACUCUCAACCCGUCGUCUCCAAAUCAAAACAGUUGUUCUCGGUCGCAAUCUCUACAACAUCGUCGGAAUCGUCUGCUCCGUUCUCACCCCUUACAUGCUCAACCCAGAAGCUUGGGACUGGGCCAACUAUGCCGGGUUCUUCUGGGGCGGAAGUUGUUUCCUUUGCGUCAUCUAUACCUACUUCCGUCUUCCUGAGCCUGCCGGACGUACGUUUGCAGAGUUGGAUCUUCUGUUUGAACGUGGUGUCAGUGCGAGAAAGUUUGCCACUACGAAAGUUGAUGUCUUUGAAGAUAGUGUGGCUGGAAGUGUGAUGGAGGAUCAUGCGGCGGAGAAGAGGGCUGAGAAUAAGUGA